AUGCCUCAUAUUCAACUUUCUUCAACAGUUCAUUACAUCCGAUUCUCUGUACAACCGUCAACUGUGGACGUAUUGACAAUGAGAAAGGCUCUUCAGAUUUCCAUGAUGCAAGCAUUCGGAGACACGUCUUCGAAUACUUAUCUUGAUGUAUUGUGGGUAUCAGAAGAUGGGUCGGAGACAGUCAUCCGUACAAGUCAACGGGAAGCAACGAAGCUCAUGGCAGCUAUUGUUUUAUCAACAGCCACGCCGAAAUUUUCUUUGAUAAAGGAGUCGCCAUUCCUACCCUCGUUGCUGUCAAGCAUAGUUACUUUGUAA